GCAGAGAACAGAGAGAGCAAGGCGCUGCCAAGAUUUUUACCUUUACUCUCAGAAACCAAGGUCUUCAUUCAGAUGCAGCAACAGAUCUCUCAUCAUCAGACCUCGAGAGGCUGGAGAACAGGGAGCAGAGAGUGGUCUCACAGCCCAGCGUGGACAGCAGUGCAACGGGAAUGAAGGACGACGGCUGUGGUUCCUGGACAGAUGGUGUUGGCCCCAAAACAGACCUCCACACUGACAGAAAGACUGGAAGUCUCAACCAGCGCACACACUCAACCACCCCAGAAACUGCUAACACGCCUGAGGACAACUCGCUCCGCCUUGAAUCUGCUUUUCCUGGCGAUGAUGGAGUCAAGAAGAGUCACAAGGGAAAGAGCUGUGAAGAUGAUGAAGAGGGCCACCUGGUUUAUCACGUCGGCCUUGUGAUGAAAGAAAGAUAUGAGGUGGUCUCUACACUGGGAGCGGGAGCCUUUGGGAAAGUGGUGGAGUGUAUCGAUAGAGACAAAGACGAGCGUGUAGCUGUGAAGAUUGUGAGGAACAUUGAGUGUUUCAGUGAGGUGGCGAGGUCUGAGAUUGCAGUGCUGGAGGAGAUCAACACCCUGGAUGACGACAAUAUAUUUGCCUGUGUUAGGAUGCUGGACUGGUUCGAGCAUGAAGGCCACAUCUGCAUCGUGUUCGAGCUGCUGGGCCUCAGCACCUUUGAGUUCCUCCAACAGAACAAGUUCGAGCCGUUCAGCGUGGAGCAGAUCAGGCACAUGGCCUUCCAGAUCUUCAGAGCCGUCUGCUUCCUGCACCGUAACAAGCUGACUCACACGGACCUGAAGCCCGAGAACAUCCUGUUUGUGAGCUCUGACUAUGACAAGUACAACAACGAGAAGCAGGAGGAGAAACUGAGGAGUCUGGAUGUGAAGGUGGUGGAUUUUGGCACCGCCACGUUCGACCAUGAACACCAUGAAUCCCUGGUGUCGACUCGCCACUACCGAGCUCCAGAGGUCAUCCUGGAUCUGGGCUGGAACCAGUCGUGUGAUGUUUGGAGUCUGGGCUGCGUUCUCAUGGAGUUUUACCUGGGACGCACACUCUUCCCGACCCACGACAGUAAAGAACAUCUGGCCAUGAUGGAGAAAGUCCUGGGACCUAUGCCUGCCCACCUGCUGAAACAGACCAGAAAGCAGCAUUAUGUGAACAACGAGCGUCUGAACUGGGACGAGCAGAGCUCCUCUGAUGAUUACAUCAGGAAACGCUGUAAACCCCUCAAGCAGUACAUGAGGAGGAAGAGUGAGGAGGAGAAGCAGCUGUUCGACCUGCUCAGCUGCAUGUUGGAGUACGACGUCUGCAGACGGAUCACCCUGGAGGAGGCGCUGUGGCACCCGUUCUUCAACCCACUGAGGACCCCAAAGCAUCAGCGCAGUUAGCACACACACACACACACACGCACACACAUCCACACACGUCUAUUUUUCAUCUACCUCAGGCUGUAAUUUCAUCGUUGUGAUUACUGAACUGUUUGUUGAUAAUUCUGAAUGAAUUAUUUGGAUGAUUUUCAUUGACAUUUACCGUCAUAGUACCAGUUGUGGAGAGCAUUCCUGUUUAACUGAA